AUGUCGUUCGAUAAAUCUCGCGCUCGAGACAGGGAGCCCCCGUCGCCUUUCCGGUACGCGUCGAAAUCUGACUUCAAGACAAACCCGAAGCUCCCCUCCCCCCAAGACGAUGGAUUAAAUUCCCGACAUGCCAUUCGAUCGAGAUCACUAGCUCAGGCAUAUCGAGAAGUAGCCAGAAACACCAUGCCCGUCGCCCGCGAGGAAUUAUCGCCGGUGACAACGCCAAGUCCGCGACAGAAGCGACAGUCAUACGCGUUUUCGCCAUACCAACUCUCGCCUCCGCCCUACGAACUACAAAAUGCGUAUGAUCAGAUUCAAGAGAGUGAAAUGCUCUCCGAUUUUGUACGCGACGAAGACUCGGACAAGCAGCGCGUCGCGCGCCGCCCCGCAAGCCGGGGUCGUCAAGCGUCUUUCCAACCCAACCUCAAUGCAACGAAUAGCCGCAGCGGCUCUGCCAACGACACCCAUUUUUCUGAUGCAGAAUUUGGGGGUGAUCUUGUCGACUUCAAGAAUCGAAAGAGCACGGAUUACACCAGAGACAAAGAGCGCCUCAGGCGUGCCACGGGCCAGCCUUCGCCAGUUUUCAGUAAAGCGCAGGCUGGGCGGGACACCUCGCGAACGGACAACUGGAGAAGACGCCAACAAGCGGAGGCUGAAGCCGAGAACAAUGUAUCUGAAGAUGACGGCAAUCUGGGUCCCUCGGGUCCUUCGCCAAAUCUACCGUCUGGCUGGGGCUACCGUGCAGGUCACCGGCAAGAAUGGGAGCGAAAAACCAGCCCGCCCAGCAUACCAGACCAGCAGGGGCAGAGAACACGCAAUCGCUCGUCGGGCUCACAUCCCGAAAAUCCAUCCCCCAAGCCCGCACAUGCUGCGCGUUCCCCAGCACGGAGCAGUCUUCCAGCUCGCAGUGCCCUCGAAGAACGUCCUGAUACCGCCAACAUGAACAAUUUGGGGACACAGCAAGGACUAGGCAUAAAAGAGACGGUUCCGAGGAAGGAAGCUUUCAGUGUUGACGGCGAGCAAAUUCCAAAUUCCCCAAUCACUAUCUAUAAGAAUUCUUCGUUCACAAGACCGAGUCCCAGCAAACGGGACUCCCGGGAUCUGCUGCGCAGUCUGUCUAGGUCCGAAACCCACAAGGCCGAUGAAAUUCAAACCCCAGAGCCCCCGAAGCUAUUCGAGCGGAAGUUCUACGAUAAGACCCCCCGUGUGACGGGUGCUUGGAUUGAUACACCAAUGACCCAACGUGUGUCGGAAAAGGUCGAGCUCCCUGAGGACCUGACCAAAGACAUUGUACUUCCUCGGCAAGCUCCAGAGGUUAAAGAUCAAAAUCAUCCCACCAAACAACUGCAGGAAACUGCGCCCAAGAUGGAGAAACCGAGCCCCGAACAGCCCGCCGAGGCAGCGCGCAUUACCAAUACACAAUCUAGCAAUUCAUCCAGACCCCCGUUGCCUCGACCCCAUCUACCGAAAAGCGCUCUUGAAACAGUGAUUGAGGACGCUAGUUCCGGAAAGGACGUUGACCUUGGAGAUGACACCAUUGAAUCCUUGCAGGCUAUCAUGGAUGGCCCGAGCGAUGUCAAAAUUGAAACACCCGAGGACGAUGAAGCUUACGAGAAAGCGGUUCUUGCGAGCCUUGAAAAAGCCAACUCCAAAGAUCAUGAUGCCAACAUCGAUUUACUCGGUAUCAAACUCAACUCGCUGACGAGGCACAUCCACGAUGUGCAGAAGGGGCUCGACGGACUUGAAGAGCAGCUCACGCGAGGUGUUUCACUUUCAUCACAGACCGGAGCUAAGGCAACGACAAAAUCACCAACAGAUGUGCAUGCGGGCGAGCCCUGUAAAGGAUGCGGCACAUGUUCUGACGGACGAGUCUACGCUGCCGUCCGUCUGCCCCGCUUAUUCGAACGACGUCCCCGAUCUCGACGUCUUCAGCCGACAAGACUGUUUUGGUUCAUCGUUAUUCCACUGUGCUGGUGGAUUAUCGAAUCCCUGAUGUCGGACUCUUUCAGCUAUUCUGAAAUCUCCGAACCCUGCGAUGGGUACUGCCUACAGCCCGAUGCGCCUGUCUAUCCAUGGGUAACUGUGACGAUGCUCUGGCGCUGGUCCCAUCUGUCAGCGAUCUGCACACCCAUUUUAACUAUUAUUAUUGCCUUCUCCAGGCUGAUAGCACAGCUGUUCGGAUUCUCGGAUGGCUAUGUCGAUGAUCUGCCUGAGCUCACUGAUUUCAUUGGCGAAAUCCGUAUCAACGGGACUCCAGUCGCCUUCCCGUGGUUAUCCCCACCCACGACGGCCAAUGUCGAGUCUCAGACACCCCCUUCACCCAUAAUAAAGCAAUUCCCAGAGAUCCAGCAACCUGUACAACGCCCUGAGUAUGCUUGGCCGCCUCCAGAUGCGUACACACCGCAGUGGGGCUCCGACCUACCGCCAGGGGAGGAGGGAAUGGACGAUGAUGAGUAUAUUUGA